GUAUUAUGCGUUGGCGAUGUUAGAGGGCAGUUCGACCAGCUAGCUAAGAAAAUAUCCGCGAUCAAUUCAAAGAAUGGACCAUUUGAUCUGUUAUUUUGUGUUGGCGAGUUUUUCGGGACGAAUGCGGAAGAGAAUGAGGAUGUGCUGAAUGGCAAACUUGAUUUUAUUGUUCCAACUUAUGUUCUAGGUCCCUGUUCCCCUUCAACAUCCUCAUUUUGCCCUGAUGAGUCAGUUGAGCUUUCCUCAAGUAUCACUUAUCUUGGAAAACGUGGUAUAUUGAAUACAGCAAGUGGUUUGCAGAUUGCUUAUCUCAGUGGUAUAGAGGGUCCUAGUUCUAGCAACUAUCAGUUUAGUGAAGAUGACAUAGAGGAGUUGUUAAUGCCCGUUCGAAAUCAAGCUGGGUUUCUGGGAGUUGAUGUCUUGGUAACCUCCAUAUGGCCAGCAGAGGUUUGGAAACAUGCUCACAAUACACCAUCAGUGCAAAUAAAAGGUUCAAAACUAGUUUCACGCCUUGCGUCUGGUCUCAAACCGCGUUACCAUUUUGCUGGCACGGGUGUGCAUUAUGAACGGCAGCCAUAUAGAAAUCACCGUGUGCUGCUAGAACCUGCGCAGCACACCACUCGUUUCAUAGGACUGGCUCCUGUAAACAACAAAGCAAAGCAAAAGUGGUUGUAUGCCUUUAAUAUUCAGGUAUCUUGUUGA